GGCGGGGCUUGCGCGCUACAGUAUCUACGCAGAAGAACAUAAACAGUAGCGGAGUGGAGAGACUGAGAGAGAGAGACUGCAGCAGCCAUGGUGAAAGAUGCAAAUAAGCCGAAAGGACGGACUUCUGCGUACGCCUUCUUCGUCCUGUCCUGUCGGGAAGAGCACAAGAAGAAGAGCCCGGGCACCUCUGUGAACUUCGCCAAGUUCUCCAAGACCUGCUCUGAGCGAUGGAAGACUUUGGCUGCUACUGAGAAGAAGAAGUUUGAAGACCUGGCGAGGGCUGAUAAGGACCGCUAUGAUCGGGAGAUGAUGAACUACAUUCCCCCGAAAGGCAUGGGAAGGAUGAAGAAGAAGAAGGACCCCAAUGCUCCCAAACGUCCCCCGUCAGCGUUCUUCGUCUUUUGCUCAGAGCACAGGCCGACAGUGAAGGGCGAGUACCCCAGCCUUUCCAUUGGAGAUAUCGCCAAGAAGCUGGCUGAGAUGUGGGGCAAACAGAGUCCUAAAGACCGCACACCGUACGAACAGAAGGCAGCCGCAUUGCGCCAGAAAUACGAGAAGGACAUCGCUGAAUAUCGCGCAAAGGGUGGAGCUGGGGGUGGAGCUCCCAAACGGGGACCGGGCCGACCUACAGGCUCCACAAAGAAAGCUAUGGUCAAGGCUGAUGAUGACGAUGACGACGAUGAAGAAGAUGAAGACGACGACGAGGAGGACGAGGAAGAUGAUGACGACGACGAGUAGAGUGUGUUUGUGUGUGUGUUUGUGUGUGUGUACGCAACGGCUGCUGCGUCUAUGCAGGAUCACUUCACUGGGGUUUGGGGGUUUUAGUGUGUGUGUGUGUGUGUGUGUGUGUGCGCGCGCGUGCAUGUGUGUGUUAGUGUUAGUGUGAGACCAGCCUAAGCAAUAAGUCACAGAGGUUGUGAUGCGUUUAUUUUUGUACGGGUUUGUGUUUCAGCCAUGUGUAGAGUACAGUUUUAUAAUAAACUCACACUCUUAUCUACA